UAUAAUCAUCAAGCUUCGCACUCUUUAUUUCGUAUUAUAACGGUAUUAUAAAGCAGACGAUACUCAUGUGCAGUUAGUUUUCAAGACAGUUAAAAUUUUUAAAAAUGCUUGUGCACAAACUAAGAUUGAUAACAGUGAUUUUUGGUUUUCUAACAGUUACUAAGGAUGCUGAUGCAUACAAGAUUUUAGGUGUAUUUCCUUUGGCUGCCCCCAGUCACUACUUCCUAGGAAGUCAACUAAUGAAGGGGUUGGCCGAAGCAGGACAUGAUGUUACCAUGCUAACAGUUUUUGAAGAGAAAAAUCCACCCAAGAAUGGAAAAUAUAAUCAAAUUGUAAUGAAAGAUCUAUACGAAGAACAACAAGUUAUUUUUAGAGCUGUGGCUGAUUUUAAAAACAAGAAAGAUCAUGGCAUAUUCGAGAAUCCCGUGGCAAUGCUCCUGACUUUCAACCAGUUCGGUUCUACAAUAGCGGAGAAGACUCUCAACAAUACCAAAGUCCAAGAUCUCUUAAAGUCAAAAAAAGAAUUCGAUGUCGUCAUUGUUCCACAAUUUAUCCUUGAUUCUUUGAAAGGUUUUGCUGCUUACUAUGACGCUCACUUGGUUCUUUUCAAUCCUAUUGCUCCUAGCUCUUGGAUGAACCACUUUGUAGGAAAUCCUAGUCUUCCGUCAAUAAAUCCCGAAUUUGCUUUGCAUUAUGUUUCACCUAUGAACUUUAAACAGAGGCUGUUUAACACCCUCUUUUCUAUAUUUACCUAUUUAAACCACAAUCUGCUUCAAUACCCAAGUCAGGAAGCACUGAUUCAUAAAUACAUAUCCAAAGACAUAGAUUUGGAGAAGGUUGCUUAUAAUGUAUCAUUGGUAUUGAGCAAUUCCCAUCCUAGCUUAAACCCAGCUGCAGGUGCAGUACCGUGUAUGAAAGAGAUAGCAGGAUUCCACGUCAAGCCACCUAAGCCUCUUCCUGAAGACCUCAAAAAGUAUUUAGAUGAGGCAAAACACGGAGUUAUUUAUUUCAGUAUGGGUUCAAACUUGAAGAGUGCAGACUUACCUAUCGUAACAAGGGAAGCCUUGAUGAAGGCUUUUUCCAGAAGGAAAGAGCAUGUUCUGUGGAAAUUUGAAGAUGAAAACUUGCCAGGAAAACCAGAUAAUGUUAGAAUUGAAAAAUGGUUACCCCAAUCUGAUUUAUUAGCGCAUCCAAAUAUAAAAUUGUUUAUUACUCAUGGAGGAUUUUUAAGUACGGUAGAAACUGUUUAUAACGCUGUACCAACUGUGGCAAUUCCAAUUCUUGGUGAUCAAAUGUUGAAUGCCAAAAUGGCAGAAAGACAUGGCUUUACAAAAGUGGUUGAGUUUGCUAAGCUAAGCGAUGAAACAAUAUCAGAUGCUAUAGAAGAAGUGCUGACAAAUAAAAAAUAUCUUGAGAACGUUAGAAGUCGAUCCAAGAUCUUUCACGAUAGACCCGUCCCAGCUCUACAGGAGGCAAUCUACUGGAUAGAGUACGUAGUAAAGCACAAAGGUGCCCAGCAUCUCCGAGUUGGUUACCUCGACUUGGCAUGGUACCAGUGGUACAUGCUGGAUGUAUUUGGAUUAAUUUUUGCAGUUCUCUUUGUGACUCUUUUCAUUACUAAAAAAAUAAUCUCAUGGAUGUUAUGUAAAAUAUGUUCAAAUAAUAAGAAAACAUCUAAAAAGGUGAAAAAACAGUAAAUUGAUGUAAAUAAAUUUUUUAUCGUA